AUGGACGAGCUAGAGGCCACAGCCGCCGCGCUGGCCGCCUCUGGCAAGGGCCUGCUCGCAAGUGACGAGAGCACCGGCACCAUCGGCAAGCGCUUGGAAAAGGCGGGCAUUGAGAACACCGCCGAGAACCGCAGGGCUUACAGGGAGCUGUUCUACACGGCACCUGGCAUAGGUGGCGCCUUUUCUGGUGUCAUCAUGUACAAGGAGACCCUCUACCAAUCCGCAGCUGACGGCACCCCCUUUGUCGACCUGCUGUUAAAGCAGGGCGUGCUGCCAGGGAUCAAGGUGGACGAGGGGCUGGAGCCGUUGGAAGGCGGGCAGGCGGGGGAGACCAGCACGCGCGGCCUGGAGACGCUGGAGGCAUCGUGCAGAGAGUACGUCAAGCAGGGGGCCAAGUUUGCAAAGUGGCGCGCCGCGCUCAAGGUGGCGGAGGGCUCCUGCCCCUCGGACCUGGCUGUCAGCGUCAACGCGGAGCAGCUGGCGGAGUACGCGGCGAUCUGCCAGGUCGUGGGGCUGGUGCCCAUUGUGGAGCCGGAGCUUUUGAUCGACGGCCCCCACAGCGCUGAUGUGUUUGCAGAGGCGUCCGAGCGCGUCAUCGCGGCGUGCGUCGCGGCGCUGUGGCGGCGCGACGUGCGCCUGGAGGCGUGCCUGCUCAAGCCGCAGAUGGUCGUGCAGGGCACCGAGUGCGCCGACCCGAAGCCGACGCCGGAGGUCGUGGCCGCGCGCACGCUGCGCGUGAUGCGGCGCGUGGUGCCGCCGGCAGUGGCGGGCAUCAUGUUCCUGUCUGGCGGCCAGACAGAGGAGGAGGCGACGCUAAACCUCAACGCCAUCAACAGGCUGGUGCGCACGCAUGUGUGUGUGUGUGUGUGUGUGUCAGUGUGA